GCGCCAUCAUCUCAUGGGAUUCUGGCAAGUCGAGUACGAGGAGAAUGGAUGGAGCGAGUACGUGAGCCAAGUGCUUUCGGGGCGAUACGGAGAUACUGCGUAUGGUUACGAAGUCAGUGACGAGGACAAGCGCCAAGUUCAGCACCUGUUGGCAAUGCUUGAUGACGAUGCAAGUGCAGACGAUUCAUACGUCUACCACACUCCAACUAGCGACUUGUCAUUCGAGUACAAUACUCCAGGUCCACAGAAGAAGAAGAAGCGUCCUGGAAGCAACAGCAAGAUGAACCACACGAGCUUUUUCCCCGACUUUGACUCAAAGGAGCUCGAGGUCGACGAUGACGGUGGUGGAACGGACAGAGUCGCAUCGAGUUUGUGCCAGCGACUUGCUGAUAUGUCUCCCAUUACGAACCCAGUUGCGGAAACAAUCGCACAGAAGCUGGAUUUCGAUGCAGUUCGAACGCUUAGUUUCGAUGGUCCCGCAGAGCAAUCGACGAAUUGUGCGGACGACGGCAAUGGGAUAAUUGUUGCAGAAGACAAUUCCUCUGGCGUAUUCGUCACGGCGCACAAUGCCCAAUCGACGCUGAAACAGGCUGUGCCGGACGUCGGUAUAGAUGACAUUUUCAUGGACGAGCAAAUCGAGCAAUUCGAAGAGCUCGAAGUACAGCCUGUCGACGAUCUGUCACACGGAGUGGAAUGGACCAUGUUGCUGGAUCAUUUCGACAUCAUGGAUAACUCAGACAAGGAAUCGUCGCCUGGAAAUGACGUCCCGACACAGCGAAGGCAAUUUGACGACGAUGUCGACCUGCCAACAAGUGGAUCUCCCCCACGUCCCAAACCGAUACGACGGCGUCUUCGAGUUCCCGACAGUGACAGUAACCACUCUGAUUCCAGCGAGGCGAGUUUCGGUGCCGGCGACGCUUGUAACACUCCGAUCGAAGCAGACACCUUGCCCAAGCGCCUGCAGCGUUUCCACCCGUUGUCCGCAUGCAGUGACAUUUCAAGCUUUGACGAUUUACACACCUUGUCAGUUCCAGAUACACCGCGCUGUUCCACCGUGGAAUCCACCGCUGCGCUUGACCUUGCUCGAAUGAGUGCCGUGACACCGCUGACUCUUCUUGGGCACCAACAACACGCUGUGGAAUGGAUGCAGAUGCGCGAGAGGCCGUCGGCAAAACCAUUUCGAGGAGGAAUCUUGGCCGACGAAAUGGGUCUGGGGAAAUCUGUGUGUUGUCUGGCGCUUAUAGCAAAAAAGGCCGGGAUGGUCAAUUACGGCCGAAAAAAGAAGCGCCCAACGCUUAUCAUCACUCCUCUGAGCUUAGUCCAUCAGUGGGAGCAAGAGAUCAAGGAGAAAACCACGCUCAGUGUCGGUGUGUACCAUGGCGCAAAUCGAAAAAGGUUUCUAACCAGCCACGACUUAUACGCAUUCGACAUUAUCCUGACUACCUACGAUACGUUGCGACUGAAAGAAGCCACGUACACCCGCCCUACCAUGACGACGGUACAUUUGUCGUCUGCUAAGCCGUGGAUUCAAACCAAGCGGCGCCGUGACGGGAAGCCGUUGGCGUCAAAACUCCACAAAGUUUACUGGGAACGCGUGGUUUUGGACGAAGCUCAUUUGAUCUCGAACUCGAUAACCGCAAGGGCGCAAGCUGCUUGCCAAUUGUCUGCCUGUGCGCGGUGGUGCGUCACUGGGACACCGAUCCAAAAUCGACUCGACGACGUUUACACGCUCUUCCGAUUCUUGGGCCUCCCUGCUGUCGAAAGCGAAGAACAUCUGAAUGAACUGUUGAAUCAGUGCAUGCUGCGUCGACUCAAAGAUACCCUUCCAAUUCCAUUGCCGGCUAAGACGGAGCACUUGAUCAAAUUAGACUUUCAAACAGACAUCGAAAAGGCAUGGUAUGCUAAUGUUCGACAGUCGACCCGAGAGCAAGUGCAUCAACAUAUGCAAGCCCGCAGACCAGGUCGCCACAUUUUUGAGCUUUUGCUGAGGUUACGUCAAGUGUGCAAUUCGCCGCGGCUCCUCCCGCGCCACCAAUCGCUGCCGAUUGUUCACAUGUCUACGAAGAUGCAAGUCUUGUUUGACCACCUCCAACGAGCCAAGCAUGAGAACGCCCCAGUUUUGGUCAUUUCCCAAUGGACAAGCUUCUUGGACUUGAUUGAAGAACAGUUGGACGCUACGAAUCCGUCGAUUCGUUGCAUUCGCUUGGAUGGACACAUGUCUGCUGCGAACCGAAACAAAGCAGUUCAGCUCUUUCAGAGCUCGAAUGUUGUGGACGUUAUGCUGAUGAGCCUGCGGUGUGGUGCAUUGGGUCUCAAUCUGACGAAUGCGCGGAGGGUGUUCUUAAUGGAGCCGUGCUGGAACCCGAGUAUGGAAGCGCAGGCCGUCGAUCGGACUCAUCGAAUCGGACAAGCUGAUCCGGUCCACGUAUUUCGGUUCCUCAUGCAGAACACAAUCGAGGACAAGAUUUACGAACUCCAACAACAAAAACGGGACUUGGCGUCGAACGUGCUGAAUUCGACCCGUAAAAAGCCUCUCGCGGACAGACGAACAAUGCACGAAUGGGUGGCCCUCGUUGCAUAACUUGUACCAGAAGCAGUGACACAUUUCUGUGUCCCAGCAGCAAGCUGCUGUCCUAGAAAACACUACCCUGAGGCAUCCACGAUGUGACGGUUCGAAGCAAUAUUACCUCAAGGGGUGUGGACUCUCAAGGCCUGCAUGCAGCCGACACAUUCGAGAGAUGAGCUACGGAAUGAAUGAUUUACUCUUGACGAGAAAUUGAAUUUUACAAUUUUCCUGCAGUAA